UCGCCUCUCUCUCUACAAAAUUUCUCUCUCUAUAAUUGUAAUCUCGAAUCCAUGGCUACCACUACAGCUCUUCUACUACAAGUCUUCGUUCUCGUCUCUAUCUUCCUCUCCACCUCCAUCACCACCGCCGCUGGCGGCGGCGCUUUUGCUACCACGCCGCUUCAGGAACCAUCAUCACCACCACCGCCACUCUUCCAAGAACCGUUUCAUGCAUCGACAUCACAGCCACUGAUCCACGAGCACGCAUAUCCAUCAUCGCUCAUCGGCCCCAUCCUCGCCAACCUCGGCUUCCAUGGAUUCUCCGCCGCCGCACCGUCCAUCUUCAACACCACCACAUGGAGCGGCCCCACCACAAUCUUCGCUCCCUCCGACUCUUCUCUCCUCAGCUGCCGUUCCUGCUCCGUUCCUCUUCUCCUCCAUGAACACACCGUCCCAGGCCUCUUCCCUCUCCACUACCUCCGCACAUUAGCCUUUGGAUCCAAGAUCGAAACCCUAUCACCCGGCCGAUGCAUUACCAUCACGCUCUCUAACAGUUCUGAAGUCUACGUCGGUGGCGUGAAGAUCACUCGUCCAGAUCUCUACAACGAUGGCCUCGUCACCGUUCACGGUCUCCAAGGCUUCAUGUCUCAUCUCUCGCCGUACUCUUGCGAGGUAGAGCGAAUGACUUCUCUCUCCUUCCCUCAUACACCUCCUGCGUCGCCGUUUCUCAUGCGUAUGAUGUUGAAAGACACGAUGCUCCGCCUCACCAUCAGCGGUUACGGCGUGGUCGCUCUAGCGCUGAGAGUCAAGUAUCCGGAUCUCCUGAACCUUCACUCCAUGACGGUGUUUGCUCUCGACGAUGUCGCGAUCUUCUCCGGAGCCGGAUUUGAUUACGUCACUCAUUUCCGGUUCCACGUUGUGCCUAAUAGGCUGCUGAUGGCCACUGAUUUGGAGAGUUACCUGACAGGGACGCUGUUGCCGACGAUGGAACAGGAGCAAAAGCUGGUGGUGACCACCGACGGACGUACCGGAGGUCCAAACGCGCCGAUCGGUAUCAACUACGUGAGGAUCAAGAGCCCGGAUUUGAUGUACAAUCUCAAGAUCGUCGUUCAUGGAAUCUACAUGCCUUUUCCACACAUUCAUCAGACGGUUGAGGGGGAUUUGAGCCAGGUCGCACAGUCAGGAUGGAAAGCAGAAGGAAAGUCUAACAUUCCGGAGAUCGUGGCCCCCACGCCGGUGAUUGAAUCGAUGAUAGAGAUGGACGAUCCCCAUGGCUUGUGAGAUCUCUGAUUCACUCGCAUUGCUAGUUUCUUUGCACUCCUUUAUUUCUAGAUGUACUGGAAUAAAGCUCUCACAGUCUCGCCGCUUCUGUAUGUGUUUUGGAGUACUUGUCCUGAGUCAGAAACACUUCUUAGGCAUGAGUGAUUGAUUGUGCACUUCCAUUUUUUUAAUUUGGAGAAUUCAAUUGCUUGUGUCCUGUGAAGAUUCUACGGAUUGCUCUGUUUUCCUUCCAUCGUAGUUGAAUUGCUUGUGUCAUGGAUUGCUCUGUUUUCUCGGGAAAAUCAUUUGAUUAAAACA